AUGAGAGACCCUCGACCCUUCAUAAGCGCGAAAGGCGCGACGACCACUACUGGCACAAAUCAUGAAAACCCGCGGGUGCUCUUCAUCCUCGGCCCAACAGGCACAGGCAAAUCUUCACUCGCAGUUUCCCUCGCAAAGCGCUUCAACGGCGAGAUCAUCAACGCCGACGCCAUACAAUUAUACCAAGGCCUGCCUAUAAUCACGAACAAGAUCUCGGUCGAAGAGCAACAGGGCAUCCCGCAUCAUCUGCUUGGCGUAAUCGGUCUCGAGGAGGAAGCCUGGACCGUGCAUCGAUAUGUGAGGGAAGCACGGAGGGUCAUCGGGGAGGUGCAUGAGAGGGGGAGAUUACCGGUGGUGUGUGGCGGGACGGGGUACUACAGCCAUGCAAUCUUGUGCGGCGGAGCGUUGCUUGCGCAGGAGGAGAAGAUCGACGGAGGUGAAGAAGAGGAAAGUUCAGAGGCAGAGGUGGAUGGCCACGCGGGCGGCGGGAUCGAGGAAGCGAAAAAGCGUUGGCCGAUCCUAGCCGCGUCAAGCGAGGAGAUGCACGCAGCGCUGAAGAGACUGGACCCGGACAUGGCUGAUACAUGGCAUCCUAAGGAUUACCGGCGCGUACAGAGGAGUCUGGAGAUUUGUCUGCGGACGGGGAGGAAGGUCAGCGAGAUCUAUCAGGAGCAGAAAGAGGCGGACGACACGACUCUGAACUACGACCCUCUCCUUCUCUGGCUACAGGCAGAAGACGGUGUACUGAAAGCCCGACUUGACGCGCGCGUUCACGACAUGGUCAAGAAUGGCCUCUUCGAAGAGGCCCUUACCCUGGCCCAGUUUGAAGCUUCACAGACCGCCAGAGGCCGAGCCGUCGACAAGACUCGCGGCAUCUGGGUCUCCAUCGGCUACAAAGAAACCCAAAAUUGGACGACCGCUCAAUUAGCCAGGUCUGAUGAGCCCAUCGAAACCGCCAAACAAUCCCCCCUCGCCCAGUCCUGCAUCGAAGCCGUCCAAGCCGGCACCCGCCAGUACGCGAAACGCCAGGAGCGGUACAUACGCGUUAGCUUCGCCAAAUCCCUCCAAAGAGCCUGCUCUUCGGAAAGGCUCUUCCUGCUGGACGGAACCGACCUCUCCAAAUUCCAUUCGGAUCUCGUACCCGAAGCAGCGCAGCUCACGCAAGCAUGGUUGUCCGACGACGCCCUUCCGGACCCGUCCUCGCUGUCGAGUCUAGCAGCGGAGACGUUCGCGAAAGUGCGCGGCGGGAGUCCGCAGCGGUCGAUGCGGGUGAAGCAUUUUUGUGAGGUGUGCAAGAGGACGCUCAUGACGGAGCAUGAGUGGGAGGUGCACAUGAACGGGAGGGGUCAUAAGAGGGCGGUGGCUGGGAGGAAGAAGCAUGAGGCUGCGCUACAGUAUAUAGAGAAGCGGGGCAGAAGGGAAGCAAGUGAAGUGCGAGUUGAGAGUGAGGGUGAAUCGAUUAUGUUGUGA